AUGGAUCAUGGGGGCGGUGGUGGCAGGAGCAGUAGCCGGCUCCGGGACCGGUUGGCCCGGAUGUUCCGGCCGAGCUCGCUCCUCCGCUCGACCUGCAACAACAACACCGCGUCGACCUCCUCGUCGUCGUCCUCCGCAGCGGCGAGCUCGGCGGCGGACGGUGUGACGGCGUCAAAGCCGGCCCCGAGCUCCGCCUGCUCCUCCAGCCGCGCGCUCCUCGCCGCCGACUCCGCCGUGGCCAGGGACAGGGACUCCUUCCUCACCUCCUCUCGCCGCGACUACGCCGUUCUCGUCGGCCGCACCGAGUCCUUCUCCAACGCCCUCGACCGCGUGCACCGCCGGGCCGGCAGCGUCGGGGCGGCGCAGCCUCUGGUUCCCUCUCGCUUCUCUAUGCACGCGUCGCCUCUGAUGGAGAGCAAGAAAAAUGAUAAAGAGAAGAGCCCACUCUACUGCCAUCCGCGCCACCGCCACCGUCUCGGUGGCAGUACCAAGAGCGACAAGAGCAAGAAGCUGCUCUCGAGCAACCCCUACGGCUUCAGCAGCUCGAACGACGACGACGCCGACACCGACGGCGACGAAGUCUUCAGCAGCGACGCCGACGAGCGCGGCCGUGGCGGCGCGAAGAAAGGGGAGGCGGAGGCCUUCUUCUCCUCCUCCCGAAGCUUCUCCUUCUCCUCGGACUCCUCCGAGUUCUACACCAACAAGAAGAAACCCACGAAGAAGUCCCCCACCGCGGUGGCGCCCAAACCGCCGGCGGUAGCGGCUGGGACGAGGAGGCAGAGGCGCAAGCAUCGACGCGCCGCGAGCAGCUGCGACACGUGCGGCGUGAAGGAAGGGUUCCGGCCGGUGGUGUCUGCCGCGGAGGAGCAGGUGCGCAGGGGGUUCGCGGUGGUGCAGCGGUCGCGGGACCCCUACGCCGACUUCCGGGCGUCGAUGGUGGAGAUGGUCGUGAGCAGGCAGAUGUUCGGCGCGGCGGAGCUGGAGCGGCUGCUGCGGUCGUACCUCUCCCUCAACGCGCCGCGCCACCACCCCGUCAUCCUCCAAGCCUUCUCCGACAUCUGGGUCGUCCUCCACGGCGGCUAA